UUGGAUGUUUAUAAACCCUGUCAUUGGAUAAUUAGUGCUGAUUGUUUUUUGUAGCUUGUAAUAUUUACAAUAAUACAAAAGAUGUAACAGAGGGCAGUAUGAGAAAAAGCAUGUCCUCGCAUAACUUGGCAUAUCAAACUGGACAAGGACUGCGAUAUGAGGGGAGUGAACUUCUCCCAAGGAGGAUUAGUAACCAGAAUAUUGUAUACAGGCUGUUCCACAGACAAACACAUGCCUCGCACCCUGGGACCCAUUUCCAUCAAGUACGCUCACUGUACACAAAUGUGUUCCCUAAUUACACUGUUGUGAAUGUAGAGAAGCCACCAUGCUUUCUGAGGAAGUUCUCACCAGAUGGCAGAUAUUUCAUUGCCUUUUCUUCUGACCAGACUUCACUGGAGAUUUACACUUUUCAGGGUUCUGCUGCUGCUGAAGAUUUGCUACAAAAUGUUCGUGGAGAUUUCAUGUCAUUGAACAAUGAUCAGGCCUCUGUCAACAUUCGCUCCAAACUCUUUGGCAGAUUCUUCAAAUUGAGACACAAAACUCUAGUUGCUAAGAAUGGAGAACAGUUAAAUAGGGAGUGCAGUCUAUUUACUGACAAUGGAAAUUACGUCAUUGUUGGAUCAGCUAUGAAUAUCCCAGAGGACCCCCAUCCUUUAUUUCAUGACAUUUAUCAGAAUAACGAGUCCAUGUCUCCUAACCACAAGUAUCAACUAGAGGACUAUUCCCUACAUAUAAUAGACUUGGAAACUGGUAUAUUGUGUGACACUCGCCAAUUCAAAUUUGACAAGAUUUUCCUAUCUCACAAUCAAGGAUUAUAUUUGUAUAAGAACACACUAGCUAUUUUAUCUGUCCAACAACAGACCAUUCAUAUCUUUCAUGUUACUCCUACUGGAAAGUUUGUGGAUGUUAGGAGCAUUGGACGAUUCUGUUAUGAAGAUGACCAGUUAUUCUUUAGCCAGGGCAACAAAAGAGGUUCUGGUCAAGUCAUCAGGCCCUAUACAGAGCAGACGAUCAAUUCACUCAAACACAGACUCAUGGUUUUCCUUUUUCACAGGGCACAGGCAGAGGGAACUUCUUACGCACUACGUAAAUUUUAUCAAUAUUUUGAUCAGUUCAAAGUACUGAGGAUGUGGAAGAUGCAGCUUCUGGAUGAAAACCAUUUGCUGAUCAAGUACGCCAGUGAAGAUGUGGUGACCUUGAAAUGUCAGGACCCUAACUCCCAACCUUCUUUCUUUGUUGUUUACAACAUGAUCACAACAGAAGUAUUAGCUGUCUUUGAAAAUACCUCAGAAAAUCUUCUUCAGCUCUUUGAAAAUUUCUGUGACUUGUUCAGAAAUGCAGCCCUGCACAGCGAAUCUCAGUUCCCUUGUUCUGCCUCAAGCAACAUCCAUGCACGACAAAUUCAGCAGAGGUUCAAGCACACUAUUAUUAAUGCUAAGUUUGGUGGCCAUACUGAGGCGGUGAAGAGACUCCUGGCUCAGCUUCCUAUCAGCUCCCAAUCCUACAGCAGUAGUCCAUACCUUGACCUGGCUCUCUUCAGUUACGACGACAAGUGGGUGUCCAUGAUGGAGAGACCAAAGGCCUGUGGUGAUCACCCAAUUAGGUUUUAUGCCAGAGAUUCAGGUUUACUGAAGUUUAAAAUCUAUGCAGGAAUGCUGGGUAAAAACCCAUCUCCUACUGCUCGUCGUCUAGUCGCUUUCACAUUUCACCCAAGAGAACCAUUUGCCAUAAGUGUUCAAAGGACUAAUGCAGAAUAUGUUGUCAACUUUCAUAUCAGACAUUGUUUUUGAAGAAGAAACUAUCAGAACAAUGUAUUUAGCAUUAAUAUUUAUUUGCCCAAUA